UCCUUCCCAGUGUCUGUGUCUCGAUCACGGCCAUUUCAGUUUUAGACAGCUUAAUUAGCUAGCUGAGAUUAAGUGAGUUCGAUCUCUGCACCAAUGGCACCCUUGCCGCCGGCCGCCGCGCUGUUAGCUCUGCUGCUGGUGAUGUCGUCGUCGCCGGAGGUGGUCCAGGCGGACGGGUUGUCCGUCGGGUUCUACGCCGAGUCGUGCCCCAAGGCCGAGGCGAUCGUCCGGGAGACGGUGAGCAAGGCGUUCAAGAAGGGGCCCGGCACGCCGGCCGACCUCAUCCGCCUCUUCUUCCACGACUGCUUCGUCCGCGGGUGUGACGCGUCGGUGCUACUGGAGUCGACGGCGGGGAGCAAGGCGGAGAGGGACUCCAAGCCGAACAACCCUAGCCUGGAUGGCUUCGACGUCGUCGACGACGCCAAGGACCUUCUCGAGAAGGCAUGCCCGCAGACCGUCUCCUGCUCCGACAUCCUCGCCCUCGCCGCCCGCGACAGCGCCUAUCUCGCCGGCGGACUCGACUUCGACAUCCCCACCGGCCGCCGCGAUGGCCUCGUCUCCAAGGAGGACGAGGUCCUCCCGAACGUCCCCCACCCGGACUUCGGCGCCAAAGACCUCCUCAAAAACUUCACCGCAAAAGGUUUUACUGCGGAGGAGAUGGUGACGCUGUCGGGGGCGCACUCCAUCGGCACGUCGCACUGCUCGUCGUUCACGAACCGGCUGUACAAGUACUACGGCACGUACGGGACGGACCCGGCGAUGCCGGCGGCGUACGCGGCGGACAUGAUGAGGAAGUGCCCGCCGGAGACGGCGGCGCAGCAGGACCCGACGAUGGUGCAGCUCGACGACGUGACGCCGUUCGUGAUGGACAGCCAGUACUACAAGAACGUGCUCGCCGGCCACGUCGCGUUCGCCUCCGACGUCGCCCUCCUCGACACCCCGGAGACGGCGGCGCUCGUCGAGCUCUACGCCGGCCACUCCGCCCUGUGGCUCGGCCGCUUCGCCGCCGCGCUGGUGAAGGUCAGCAAGCUCGACGUGCUCACCGGCGGCGAGGGGCAGAUCCGACUCAACUGCUCCAGGGUGAACUCGUGAUGUGUUUUAAUUACGUUAUAUUAUAAUACUCGAUCAGUACGUCGGUCUACACACAAUUGCCCUGCUGCCAUGCAUGCAUACGAGGCUCAUUGAUUUAUUUUUCUUUCAUAAGUUUGUGCAUGAUUCGAUGUAUACUACUUUUGUUUCCUUUUUUUUCUGUUUUAUUUUUUGUCCUUUUGACGGUGAGUGUGCCAAUUGGGCAAAAUAAAUUGUGCUUCUGACCAUAUGGUGAAUCAAAGAGGAAAAAUAUGUGCUAAAUAUUCCUCAUUGAUA